AUGAGAAGGAAGUGUUUUAAAUUGUUCAAAAUGAACGGUGUCAGUCGGGACGCACCUGUUGGUAUACAAUGCAUACAAAAAUUCAGUACAUGGAUGUGUCCGCGAUUACAGAUAAACAGAUUGCGAUGGUACCAGGCUGGUGUUCUCGUUCUGACCUACUUCACCUACAUGACGUACCACCUGACAAGGAAACCUAUAUCAGUGGUCAAGAGCAUCCUUCAUCAGAACUGCAGUGGUUUGACCCCACCACCGGACAUAAGGCCGGGGGAUGACCAGUGGUGUAAUUGGGCACCAUUCAACACACAUGACGCCAAUACGCUAUUGGGUACACUCGAUUCAGCUUUCCUGUUCUGCUACGCUGGCGCCAUGUUUAUAUCUGGCAUGGUGGCUGAGAGAGUUGAUCUAAGAUACUUCCUCUCCCUCGGCAUGUUAGUGUCCGCUGUAUUCUGCUACUUGUUCGGACUAGGCCGGACCUUGGAUAUACACGAUAUAUCGUACUAUCUCGUUGUGCAGGCAGGUGCUGGAAUAGCUCAAACGACGGGUUGGCCAGGCACAGUGGCGAUAGUAGGAAAAUGGUUUGGAAACGCAAAGAAAGGUCUUAUAUUCGGACUUUGGAACUCACAUACGUCUUUGGGAAAUAUUUUAGGUACAAUAACAGCGGCUAAAUAUGUUGAAUACGACUGGUCUCUAUCGUUCAUUUACCCGGCUUUAAUAAUGGGAGUAGUUGCGUUUAUGGUCUUCCUCUUCCUGGCUCCCGAACCUAAAUACGUCGGCAUCACGACUGAGAGGAUAUCUCCAAGCAGAUCGUCUCAUAGCUCUGAUGAAGAUGUAUCAGAAGUAAUUGUUGGUGAUCAGGCAGCGAGCCUUCGACCCUCGCGAUAUUCGGCAAACACGCAUCAUUCGGACGAAGUGACAGAGGAAACUGGUCUGCUGUCCCAACGACCCCGAGCUGGUGCAGUGUCCCUAACACGCGCGCUGGCUAUACCAGGAGUGAUAGAGUUUUCGCUAUCACUGUUCUUCGCUAAACUAGUCAGCUACACAUUCCUCUACUGGCUGCCGAUGUAUAUUAAAAGCUCCACGAAUCUAACUCCGAAACAGUCUAGUGAGUUGAGCACCGCGUUUGACGUGGGCGGCGUGGUGGGUGCUGCUCUAGCCGGGCUGCUAGCUGACUGGGCGGGUUGUCCUGGGGUUGUAUGCGUGGGAUUUUACGCAUUAUGUGUGCCCACACUGUUAGCUUAUCUCCAAUGGGGUGCGACCACAUAUAUUCUGAACGUGUGCCUAUUAGUUGUUGCCGGAGUUCUAGUUAAUGGACCCUACGCUCUUAUCACUACAGCAGUCAGCGCAGAAUUAGGUACACAUAGCAGCUUAGCCGGUGAUGCCCAAGCAUUAGCCACUGUUACAGCAAUCAUUGACGGUACCGGAAGUAUAGGCGCUGCUGUCGGGCCACAGAUGGCCGGUUUAGUCUCUGGAGUCAGUUGGUCUUAUGUGUUCUACAUGCUGGUUAUAUGUGACUUCUUGGCGCUUGUUCUACUGUUGAGGAUAUCAAAGUCGGAAAUAGCGAGGAUACGACAAGAGCGCCGCCUGGCGUCGCCUAGAUUAGUUAGAAUUGAAUGA